AUGUUCCUGUCCUGCGCACUCCUUAUCCUAGCCCAGUGGCUCACCCCAGCCGCGGCUACAGUGCACACCGGCUUUGCCUGCGGCGCAUUCUGGAGCCAGUCGCAGGCGAAGACCAAAGAAGACUUCGUCCGCCAGUUCAACCUCGCCAAGAACCUCCCCGACGUCCCAGUCUCCUUCAACAGCGCCCGCCUCUUCCAAACCGCCCAGUGGCAGACGCAGAACGACCCAAGCGAAGCAUUCGAAGCCGCCAUCGAAACCAACACCACCCUCCUCCUCGGCAUCUGGGUUUCCGCAUCAGACAACGAACUCAUUGCUCUGGACCAUGCUUUCGAAAAGCACGGUCAGAAGCUCGCGGACCUGGUCGUCGGCAUCUCUGUGGGCAAUGAGGAUAUCUACCGCACCUCAGACAUGUGCACGCAGAAGAACGGGGGGAAGCCAUGCGAUAUGGCAUACUCCGCGGACGAAAUCAAAGCCAAUAUCUCAAGUGUCCGCUCAACGAUUGCGCAAAAGCCUUGGAUCAAGCUCUUCAAAGAACCGCCGCCUAUCGGACACACCGAUAUCGCGCAAUACGCUCCCCUCGAAGGGAGUGACUUCAUCGGGAUGACUGCAUACCCGGUGUGGAACAAAGACUCGAUCGAGAACGCGAACGAAAGCUUCUUCAACAGCCUCGCAGGUGUUCAGGAAAGGUCUGGCAACACGCCUGUGUGGAUUACUGAGACGGGAUGGCCCUCCUCGGGCUCUGGGGCUGAUAUAUCGCCCCCCAGUCUUGAAAGCAUGCAGGAGUACUGGACUAAGGUUGGCUGCUCGCUCUUCGGGAAGUAUAACGUGUGGUGGUUUGAACUGGAGAGGGAUACAGACGACGGCCUCGACUGGGGUAUCAUAGAUAUCCCCUCGCAGACGCCAAAGAUCAAGGACCUGAGCUGC